ACAUGCGCGCACGUCAGGGGUUUGUUUAUGUGUGCUUCCGUAGCAUCUAAGCUAGCACCAAACGGAAUUGACUCUGUAAACCAUAGACAUAAUAAAGAGUUUCUUUAAUAUGUCUAUGCUGUAAACUGCUUCUCGUGCUAAUUCUCAUUCAGUGGAACAUUGACUUCAAAAUGUCUACUCGGCUGCAUCUCAGGGCUGUGGUAAACGAGCGACUGGCAGCCGCUGCUGAGGAAAUAUUUCAGGUUUUUGAAAGAACUAUCGCAAAAUAUGAAGAAGAAGCCUCCAGUUUCAAACAGGAGAUUGAACGACUAAGAGGUCUGCUGCUGGAGUUUGUACCAAAGCAGAAAACAGACAUCUCUCAGUCGGCCAUCUGCAAAGAGGAAACUCCCCCCGAGCUGCACCACUGUGAGCACGAGCUGAGCCCCAGCGGGGACCCAGAGCCUCGACACGUUAAAAAGGAAGACGAUGAACUCUGGGCCGGUCAGAAACAUGAAGAAGAAGAAGAAGAAGAGGCUCAAGAGGUUAAGGUUGUUGGUGACUCAUAUCUGCCUGAUUCAUCUGACUGGGAGCUGAAUGAGCAGGAGAACACAAAACCACCUUUGCAACCUCAGACUGAAAAUGGUGAAAGUGAGACGCACUUUCAGGAUCUGCGGGAAACUAAAACGAUACAGGUCUUUCUACCUCUUCCCUCAACUUCACAAACUCUGAUCCAACAUGAAAGCUUGCAGGACGUAAGGGAAAACGAAAGACCUGCUGAAAGUUUUGCAAACCAACUGCAGACCGAUGGAAGACAAAACUCCUGUAUCACUUCCACAAAAUCCACCGAGUCAAUUCAUUUGAAUGCAGUGGCACCUCAUCGUUGCAAUGCGUGCGACAGAUCUUUUUCCUCCAAUCAGAAUUUGGUAAAUCAUGCUUUUCGGAUACAUUUAAAGGACACAGAUGUCCUCUGUGCUGUGUGUGGAAAGACCUUAGAGUCCACUGAAAGUCUCACCGUGCACCUUAAGUCACACAAGGGCUCAAAAUGUUGUCACAUGUGUGGUAAACACUGCAACAGUGCGACCUCUCUGACUGAACACAUGGCCAGCCAUGCUGGCGUGAAACUCCAUCGCUGUCAUGUUUGUGGGAAAGAGUGCAGCCGGAAAGCAGACUUAAAGAUACAUUUGAGGAUUCACACGGGCGAGAAGCCUUUCUGCUGCUCUUACUGUCGUAAACAUUUCACCCACAGUGGACAUCUAAGGAAGCACAUGAGAAGCCACACAGGAGAGAGACCGUACAGGUGUGACAUCUGUGGCAGAGGGUUUCUACAGAGUACACACCUAAAAUACCACCUACGGACUCACGCUCAAAAAUAUUAACGCUUUCGUCCACGUGGGAGUGGAUUUGUCAAACCUCUGAGAACAAUACGAAAAUGUUUUAAAGAGAAACUAAAAAGUUAUUUCUUCUUAUUCCUUCAGCUAAAUGUGAAAUUCACCUUCAAGAACAAGCUCUUGUGUGAGUAUGCUCAGAGCAGGAAUAGCAACAACAAUUUAAACUACAUCUGCUGUAUUUAUUUUUAAAAAAUCCUCAGAUUUUACUGAGAGAUGUUUUUUUGAACAGUACAAUCUGUGUAAAUCUCUUUGUAACCCAUUAAAAUGCCUGUAACCGAAACAGAAAGAAAACCAAACUAGAUUUUCUUCAUAAAAAAACCUUAAAACUACCUUUUGGUUGCUGGUUGGAUUAGCUUUAGUCCAAAGUUUCACUUUUAGCAGUUAGAAUGCAUACAAGCCCUGAGUUACACAUGGACAAAACUACUGGAGCACCUGUUCAUUACACCAACAGGGAUUUUAAUGACAUUGCAUUGUAAAUACACAGACAGCUGUGCAGCUCUAACAGCUUGCACUCUUCUGUGAAGGCUUUCCACAACAUGUUGGAGUGUUUCUCUGGGAA